GCGACGUUCGCGUGCGUGAAGCUCGUCGCUCUUCUCUUUCUUGUGGUGCAUCCGCGUGCGCGUAUACUCAGUGCUUGUGUGGGUUCACAGUGAUUAAACAGUGACGGCAGCUAAUAUUACAACUUCCAACCUUAGUCUGUCUGCUGUGAUUGUUCACAAAGGGAGAAAUCGAAGCGUUGAGAUUUGGCAUGAUGCCCUACAAAGCACUCGAAGCCAACAGCGAAACCAGCUCCAGACGACCCUUCUCAAUGACAAUCUCCCGGAGCUCGUAGUUUUUGUGUGUGAAUGAACUUGUCUUGUUCGAUAUAUCACGGAGUAGCAGAGGGAGAAAGAAAGAAGUAUCGACAUACACAUUCACAUCUAGAAAAAGAGACUAACAAAGUGAUAUGUAUGCAAAUGUUUUAAUGCGCCAGCUCUGAGUCGAAUUUGUAGUGUAGUGUGACGCUCGAGACAUUGCUAAAAAUGUAAAGGUGAAGGUGGUGUAUUAACAAGGUAAAAGUAUUGCUGCACCUACUUGUUUUGACAAGGAGUAGAGAGUGAGCUGCUAGGAACAAGUGGGAGCUGAAAAUUAAUAUAUCGAUCGAGCGCGCGCACACAGUUAUCAGUGAAAAGAGCAAGCGUUUAGUCAGCCUCAGCGACAAAGUGCAAUUGUAGUAGUACUAGUGUGGUGGAAAGAGAGGGAGAGAGAGAGAGAGAGUGCGUGCAUGUGUGUGCGUUGGCAAUGCCGUAAAAUUGAAUGCCCGGCUGAUCGACUACAGACUAAGGACUCUGACGUCUUUACCAGUGAAUCGAGUCAGGAUGGACGGAAACCGACGGAGAUGGCUGUGCGCUCUAUGGUCGUUGAUAGCUCUACUCUCGCAUCAAUCAGAGUGCGCAGCCAAGACGGAAGGUCGAGAAGCCAGCAAUAGCAACUCAGUGGUCGAGCAUCACCCGUCGUCCUUCUGGGACCAGCCAUUCAGCCAACCCUACUUCGACAACGCGACAAGACGAGAAACCACCACGACUGUUGGACAGUCAGCCUACCUGCACUGUAGAGUUCGCAAUCUCGGUGAUCGAGCGGUGUCGUGGAUAAGACAACGAGACCUGCAUAUCCUGACUGUCGGUAUACUCACCUACACCAACGAUCAGCGAUUUCAGUCGCUACACAGCGACGGCACCGACGAAUGGACCCUCAAGAUCAGCUCACCUCAGAUACGCGACAGCGGCAUCUACGAAUGUCAAGUCUCGACUGAGCCCAAAAUUAGUCUUGCUUACAAGCUCAAUGUCGUCGUGUCGAAAGCUAAAAUCAUGAGCAAUUCGGAGUUGUACAUAAAAAGUGGCAGCGACAUCAACCUGACCUGCGUAGUAAUGCAAACACCCGAGCCUCCGUCUUUCAUCUACUGGUAUAGAGGCGAUCAUGUGAUAAACUACAGUCAACGAGGCGGCAUUAGCGUAGUGACGGAAAAACAGACACGGACGUCGCAUCUGCUGAUCUCGCGUGCACUACCUGCGGAUUCCGGCAAUUAUACAUGCGCACCAUCGACCGCCGACUCUGCGAGCGUACUCGUCCACGUACUCAACGGUGAACACCCGGCUGCAAUGCAACAUGGCAAUUCAAGCAACAGCGGCGCAACUACGCGCACCCUCGCACUCUUGCUACUACUACUCCAUGCAGGCUCCUUCACGAGGUGACUGCUUGAGCGCUGAACUCAUUGAAGAGAAUAAACGGAGGUAACGCCAAGGACGAUGAAGCCUCGCAACAUUUUUCACGAAACUCCUCUUCUCUUUCUCUUGGAGUUAUACACGCGUAACGAGGCCCUCGUUCAUGCAGAAAACCCUCGACUGAAAGUGAGUAAAUGUGGAUGUAGGUAUGGAUGUGUGUGCGUCCAAGUAUGUGCAUGCAAACAUUUCCGAAUGAAAAUAUAAGAGCAGAGCGAAUGCGGCAGUUAUUUUUUUUAACGAACACUUUCCUCCUACAUGUUGUUACGUAAAACUCCGCGUACGCUCGGACAAUUUGAUAUUUUGUCUAAUUGCUAGCUCUAGCCUUCGUGGUUUGUUUUGUCAUUUGUAAAUGCAUGUAAGAGUGCACGAGCAAAAAAACAAGAGAGAAAGAGAGAAGAUGAUUCAAAUCGAAAGGAACGAGUAGAUUGUCGCAACUUUUUCUUUCAUACGGCUCAUUUCCAUUUAUGGAAGUCAUUGUGUAGUUUUACUUUUCAUAGUACGAAUGUUUUUAUUAAUUCCGGUAUAUAUGCAAUAUACAUAACUGCAUAACUAUUGCUUGAAGUACGGAUCAAUUACCAAUUCAUUCUGGAAUGUUAAGCGAUCUUUUUUCAAACAGUUUAUAAUGACUGUCGGCAACAAGUAGAUUAAUUGUGUUUUGUUCUACCGUUCUGAUCCUUCUGCAAACUUUGCCUCUAAUUACGAUUUCAGCUGUUCGUAUAUAUUAAAUAAUAAAAUGUCAAAGAAAAACAAGCGUAACUACCUGACUCUUGAAUGAAAAACGAUCUUUGAAAUUCAUAUGGAUUUCUGAAUAUGUUUGUAUUGAAUGAUCAUUUAUCCUUAAAAAACAAUAUAAUUUAUCGACAUCAAGUUACUCUCUGUCAACAUAUCUUCUAUCGAUCACAUGAGUAACAGGUGCUGUUAUAUUGAAUGUAUAGAGUAUAAUAAUAAUAAAAUAAUAAUAAUAAUAAUAAUAAUAAUAAUAAUAAAUAUAAUAAUAAUAACUAUAAUAAUAAUAACAACAAUUAUCUAAUACAGGAAUUUAUAAAUGAAAUAUAAGUACACAUGAAUGUAAUAUAUCAGUUACAUGUUAAGUUGAUUGUUUGAUUUUGUACAAAGUGUUAUGGGCUUUCUAAAUACUACAUUUAUUAAGAAUGAAUUAAGUGUAACAGAAAUGUUAAGUUGGUGUAAGUUAUCAUGUUCGUCGCUAUGUUAAAUGAGAUGUACAUAAUGAUAUACUAUUACUUUUGAGUUUUCUUUUUUGUACCGUUAUAAAAUAAAGCUAUAUAAAUUCUGUUGUAUGUGUAGACACACAAUAAUGAAUAAACAUGUAAA